AAUAGAGCAGCGUUUAUUGGUCAGAAUACUGAGGUAUGCUGUAGUGUCGUAUCAAGGGAUGGGGCUCCGUUAUGAAAUUCAGACUAUAGGUUGUUGGAGAGUUUUAUUUACAGACCAAAUGCAAAAUGAUAUGGGAUUAGAUGAGAGGGAACCACUGCAGUGAAAGGUCAUGGAUUCCCCUAUCCUUCUUCUCCUAGCCCCCUUUGUCGCCCUGGUCCAAUGUUUUCCUGAUGACUACCACAGUCACAACAGCACCCGUCACCAUGACUACUGUGUGCUUGGAGCCGGGCCCGCGGGCCUUCAGAUGGGUCACUUUCUCUCCAAGAGUCAGAGAGAUUACAUCAUUUUGGAGAGGAACUCGGGGCCAGGGAGCUUCUUCAAUAUAUACCCUCGACACAGGAAACUCAUCAGUAUCAACAAGAUCUACACAGGGAGGCGGAACCGCGAGUUCAACCUUCGUCACGAUUGGAACUCCCUCCUGAGUGACAGGCCCGACCUGCUGCUUCAGCGAGUCAGCAGGGAGCUCUACCCAGACGCAGACUCAUUCCCCCGCUACCUCUCCAUGUAUGUGAAGGAGCUGGGGCUGAAGGUCCAGUAUGGGGUGGACAUCGGGAAGAUCAGGGCCUCAGAGUCUGAAUCACCUAGAGGCAGGGGAUACAUACUGACUGACCAGCGUGGACUGGACUAUACAUGCAGAGUCCUCCUGGUGUCCACAGGACUGUGGGAUCCUCAGAAGGUCCAGUUUGAGGGCUCAGACCUGGUGGAGGGCUAUGAGUCCAUCCCUGUGGACCCAGAGGAGUAUAAGGACCAGGCUGUGCUGAUCCUGGGUAAGGGGAACUCAGCAUUUGAAACAGCUCAGAGCAUCCUGGGUCGGGCCAGCCGGAUCCAUCUCUACAGCCCAAGCCCGGUCCGUCUAGCCUGGCAGACACACUACGUCGGAGACCUCAGAGCUGUGAACAAUGAGCUGCUAGACACGUACCAGCUAAAGUCCCUUGAUGGGCUGGUGGAGGGAGGCCUUGAGGACAUUGCUAUCGUCAGAAAUGGAGAUGAUGAAAAGAAGCGCUCAGGCAGAAAGAAGAAGUGCAGAUCCAGUGGGAAGGAAAAGAGUGGCAAGUUGUUCCUUACUCUAUCUGAGUUACUGGACAGUUCGGAUGGGAAGAACAGUUCAAAGGUCACAGCGACAAACCUGCCUGUGUACCACAAUGACAACUUCUCUCUCCGCCAGCCAUAUGAUCGUGUGAUCCGCUGCCUGGGGUUCCGGUUCAACUUCAGCAUCUUUGAUGGCUCGGCCCGCCCACCAAGCAGUGAGGGUGCCAGGGGGCGGUUGCCAGGGGUGACAGCCUGGUACGAGGGGCGGGGAACCCCAGACCUUUUUGUUCUGGGGACGGCUGCCCACUCAAGAGACUAUCGCUCUUCUGCAGGGGGGUUCAUCCAUGGCUUCCGAUACACAGUGCGUGCUGUACAUAGAGUCCUUGAGGUGCGUUACCAUAGCAACUCCUGGCCAGCAAUCAAACUGUCAAUCAGUCAGCUGCAGUCCUGGCUAUUGAGGAGGGUCAAUGAGGCCUCCGGACCAUACCAAAUGUUUGGGGUACUUGGAGACAUCAUUUUACUAAGAGGCUCUCACUGUGAGUACCUGGAGGAGCUUCCCCUCCAGGCCCUGCCCCAGUUCUCUUCUCUGUCUGGCCACCAGCUCUCCAAGCAUGGGCUGCUGGUUCUGGUUCUACAGUACGGGCUGAACCGCACAGACUCACUGGGCCCUGGCAGGGCAGAGUCAGAGUGGACCCGUGCCUGGAGGUCCAACUUCCUCCACCCUGUUCUAUACUACUACGACAAACUUCCCACUGAGAGGGACAUGAGACACCGUCCUGUUGGCUGGUCACUUCCACGGCCCAAGGCAUUGCAUCACAUGAUCGAGGACUUCUUGACUGAGUGGGAUGGGCCCAUCUCCCACAGCCAGCCACUGCGGCGCUUCCUGGAACACUGUCUCCACACUGACCUCAGGGCCUUCUAUGCAGAUUCAUGUUUUCGCUUUUCCCUUACCAAUCAAAAGCCACCCCUGUUUUGUCGUCAGGGAUACCUGAGGAAGCAUGGGGUUGUGAGGAAUAGUCAGCUGUGGCAGCAUGCCCAUGAUGCUGGGCUAAUGCCUGGAGGACAGGACUCUGCAUCCCCAGACACAGACCCAUCGUUCCCUGAUUACCUUACACGAGCUGGAACUUCAGUGUCCUCUGCAAUAAACCUUGACUUCUGAUUGUUUACCCAAGGUUCCCAAAACUAAGCCUAUGACAGUUUUGAUGUCCCAAGACAUUCUCUACCUCCCAUUAUAAUGUCCAUGAAUAUAUACAGUAUAUACAGAGUCUACAAAACAUUAAGAACACCUUCCUAAUAUUGAGUUGCACUCCCACUCCCCCUCCCACUCCCUUUUUUGCCCUCAGAACAGCCUCAAUUUGUCGGGGCAUGGACUCUAUAAGGUGUCGAAAGUGUUCCACAGGGAUGUUGGCCCAGGUUGACUCCAAUGCUUCCCACAGUUGAUUCCAAAUUGGAGAGUUUUAGUUCCAACUGCCGUGUCUUUGUCAGACGCAGAGUAGGUGAACGGAUGAUCUCCGCAUGUGUGGUUCCCACCAUGAAGCAUGGAGGAGGAGGUAUGAUGGUGUGGGGGUGCUUUGCUGGUGACACUGUCAGUGAUUUAUUUUGAAUUCAAGGCACACUUAACCAGCAUGGCUACUACAGCAUUCUGCAGCGAUACGCCAUCCCAUAUGGUUUGCACUUAGUGGGACUAUCAUUUGUUUUUCAAUAGGACAAUGACCAAAAACACACCUCCAUGCUGUGUAAGGGCUAUUUGACCAAGAAGGAGAGUGAUGGAGUGCUGCAAAAGAUGACCUGACCUCCACAAUCAGCCGACCUCAACCCAAUUGAGAUGGUUUGGGAUGAGUUAGACCGCAGAGUGAAGGAAAAGCAGCCAACAAGUGCUCAGAAUAUGUGGGAACUCCUUCUAAACUGUUGGAAAAGCAUUCCAGGUUACUACCUCAUGAAGCUGGUUGAGAGAAUGCCCAGCGUGUGCAAAGCUGUCAUCAAGGCGAAGGGUGGCUACUUUGAAGAAUCAAAAAUAUAUUUUUAUAUUUGUAACACUUUUGGUUACUACAUGACUCCAUAUGUGUUAUUUCAUUCGUCUUGAUGUCUUCACUAUUAUUGUACAAUGUAGAAAAUAGUAAAAAUAAAGAAAAACCGUUGAAUGAGUAGGUGUGUCCAAACUUUGACUGUAUAUUCCAAAUAUUUUGGUUGAACAACCAUUCUGAUUCCUCUUGAGAGUUGAUUGCUUAUCCCAUUUUAUUCCUUAAAUCAUAUUUAUAUAUUACACUAAAUUGUGGCAUGUUUUAUAUGAUGGAACUUUAGAUUUGAAUGUGUGUACAAACAGUAUGGGUGAUGUUGGGUUUUAAUUACAUUGUGAUCUAUGAAUUAUGCAUUAUUUAUUUUUUUAUACUAUUUGUGUAGGCCUACUGCUGUUAUUUAUCUGCUUACUUUAUUUUCUGUUGCAACAGAUGUAAGACAUUAAAGAGAGAGAACAUAAUGCUCA